UCUGUCUAUGGGCGCAUCCUCGUUUGGGUCAAGAGUCGCUGCUGCAGGCUGAGCACGUCCACCUCGCCGGUUCUGAAGGAGUGGGUGGGAUAGUGUUUUGACUCGGGCGAAAAGAAGAAAUGGAGGGCAGUUUGACCGCAACCGGCGACGCGAAGCUGGACGAGGCAGUCCGGCAGUGGCUGGAGUACGACAGGAACCCCAAAACAACAUCAGUGGUUCAGGAUCUGGUGAAGGAGGGAGCCGUGGAGACUCUGAGGAAAUGUUUCUCCUCCAGGAUGGAGUUUGGUACUGCUGGACUGAGAGCAGCCAUGGGCCCCGGCGUAUCCUGUAUGAAUGACCUCACUAUCAUCCAGACCACGCAGGGUUUCUGUUGCUACCUGGAGCAGAGUAUUGGGAACCUUAAAGAGCGAGGUGUGGUGAUUGGGUACGACGCUCGGGCCCACCCUCCCAGCGGGGGCAGCAGCAAAAGAUUUGCCAGCCUGGCUGCAGCCGUAUUCAUCAGUCGAGGAGUGCCGGUUCACCUCUUCUCUGACAUCACCCCGACACCCUUUGUGCCUUUCACAGUUUCUCAUCUGGGUCUGUGUGCUGGUAUCAUGGUAACUGCUUCACACAACCCCAAACAAGACAACGGCUACAAGGUGUACUGGGAAAAUGGUGCCCAGAUUGUGUCUCCUCAUGACGUAGGAAUCUCUAAAGCCAUUGAGGAGAACCUGAAGCCUUGGCCAGAGUCCUGGAACACAGAGGGGAUCCUGAAGAGCCCCUUGCUGAAAGACCCCUACCAGGACAUUUUCACACAGUACUUUAAGGCCAUUCUGAAACACUGUCACCACAGGGAAUUAAACAAGUCAUCAGAGGUGAAAAUCGUGCACACAUCUGUGCACGGCGUGGGUCACACGUUUGUCCAGUCAGCUUUCAAGGCCUUUGAUCUUCACCCCCCGUAUGCUGUGAAGGAACAAAAAGAUCCAGAUCCUGAAUUUCCCACAGUGAAAUACCCCAACCCUGAGGAAGGAAAGGGAGUCUUGACGCUGUCAUUUGCCCUUGCAGAGAAGGAGGGAGCUUCUGUAGUGUUAGCAAAUGAUCCUGACGCUGAUCGGCUGGCUGUAGCUGAGAGGCGGGAGAGCGGACAGUGGCGAGUCUUCACUGGUAACGAGCUGGGAGCGCUGCUCGGCUGGUGGAUGUUCCACUGCUGGAAGGAGCAGAACUCCGAAGUUACCGCCGUGAAAAACGUCUACAUGCUGUCGAGCACCGUGUCAUCUAAAAUACUGCGGGCCAUCGCUCUGAAGGAGGGCUUCCACUUCGAGGAAACCCUGACAGGAUUCAAGUGGAUGGGGAACCGAGCCAAAGACCUUUUGGACCAGGGCAAGCUCGUUCUGUUUGCUUUUGAAGAGGCUAUAGGGUACAUGUGCUGUAACUCGGUUCUGGACAAGGAUGGAGUGAGCGCAGCAGCCAUCGCAGGAGAGAUGGUUUCUUAUCUGGCUGCAAAAAACAGGAGUUUGUCUCAGCAGCUCACCACCAUCUUUAAAGAGUACGGCUACCACAUCAGCAAGAACUCCUACUUCAUCUGCCACGAUCAGGACGUGAUCCACAGCUUGUUUGAGCGUCUGCGCAACUUCAGCGGCAAGAACGACUCGUACCCCACCGAGUGCGGUCGCUUCUCCAUCUCCGCCGUUCGAGACCUGACCACCGGCUACGACAGCAACCAGCCCGACAAGAAGGCUGUUCUUCCCACCUCCAGUUCCAGUCAGAUGAUCACGUUCAGCUUCUCCAACGGAGGUGUGGCCACCAUCAGGACCAGUGGAACCGAGCCAAAAAUCAAAUACUACACUGAGCUCUGUGCUGCUCCUGGUAACAGUGAUGUGACGCACCUGAACAAGGAGCUGGAUGACUUGGUUGACGCCAUCGUAGAAAACUUCUUUGAGCCUGAGAAGAACAAGUUGCAGCCCAAGCCCGAGUAGAGCUGCAGAAGACUAAAAUAACAAGAAAAACAUUUUAGGCCAGCAUUUCACCAAAUGUCUUAUUUAUUCCAGUAGACGUUCCUGGGUUAAUCUUAGAUUUUUACCUGUAGAGACAUUUUACAGGAUAUUUGGACCAGUAAAGAUCUCAACCUUUGUUUUUUUUUUGUUUUUUAAAUAAUUUACCUUUCUGACAACAUUUAACCUCAACUUUGCAUUUGUGCAGCCAUAAUCUGAAUUUUGGAGCUUGAAAUUAAGGAUGUGCAUUCUUUUUAAUGGUUAUAUUUUUAUGGCCACUGCCAUGAAACCCUGUUUUGAUUUUCAUGAGCGUUCGCUAAAUUUCUCAUGAACCACUGGACAGAUUAUAGAUAAACUCAGAAAGUAAUGAUUAGAUGUUCAUCUACAACUGAUGAUCUUUUGAAGGGGACUUGGUUUAAAAUGGCCACUACAGCUACGCAACCUUAGCCAACAAAAAUAGUAAGUCAAAUCAAUUUUACACAUAUUAAGCACAAAUGUAAUGUUUUAGUAGCUGGGACGUACUCUGAGCAUUGCAUGAAAAUUUCAGCAUGCUAUGCACAUCCAAGGAGUUUUGUUUUAUAGUACAUCAUUCCAAAACAUUGACCACAUGGAUAAGUUAUUCUUCUCACAGGACAUUCCUGUUUCCACACGAUGUCAUGAUCCAAUCAGGCUGCUGUAUAUCCCCUGCACAUGACGAUAAUCUAAAAAACACUGUUUUUACACUUCGACUGCACUGCUGCUGAUGGAAAUGGUUAGAGGAAUGUUCAUUUUACUGUGUUCUCUUGUGUAAACUACUUUUACUGUGUGCCGUCUCACUAAAGGAGGUGGCUGUGAGGGCAGUUUUAAAGCUUUAAAUAAUACAGAUGAGGGGAAAACACUUAAUUGUAAACGUGUAAAACAUCUGCACCUCCAUGCUUGGAGCGCCACCAGGUGGAGCCAGUGUGCAUUGAUUUUACAGCCCAGAGCUCUGAAUGUGUCUGCUGCUCUAUGAGCGUUGUGAAUGGGAGUGAAGUACUGUGCAUGUGAGCAUUUUUGACCCAAUAAAAGAAACUGGUCGUGCGGUAAA